AUGAAUUCUCUGCGGCAAUUCUAUCUGGAGAUCCCGGUCGUCACCAGGGCCUACACAACAGUCUGCGUGCUCACAACGCUGGCGGUGCACCUGGAUUUGGUGUCGCCGCUACAACUGUACUUUAAUCCCACGCUGAUUUUGCGCAAAUUCCAAAUCUGGCGACUGGCCACCACAUUCCUGUACUUUGGAACCAUCGGCAUUACCUUCUUCUUCAAUAUGGUCUUCACAUAUCGCUACUGCCGCAUGCUGGAGGACGGCUCAUUCCGCGGGCGUAGCUCGGACUUUGUCAUGAUGUUCAUCUUUGGCGGCGUGCUGAUGACGUUCUUUGGCAUCUUUGUCAACCUGUUGUUCCUGGGCCAGGCCUUCACUCUGAUGCUGGUCUAUGUGUGGUCGCGACGCAAUCCUUCGGUGCCCAUGAACUUUUUCGGCGUGCUCAACUUUCAGGCUCCCUAUCUUCCCUGGGUUCUGCUCUGCUGCUCCAUGAUUCUGGGCAACACGGUUUGGGUAGACAUAAUUGGCAUGGGCGUGGGCCACAUCUACUAUGUGCUGGAGGACGUAUAUCCAACACUCUCCAAUGGAUACAGACUGAUCAAGACUCCAUAUUUUCUAAAAAGGCUUUUUAACGAGCACAUUGAGCGCAACUACCAGGCUGCAGCAGAGGAUCGUCCUGGCGGUUUUCCAUGGGGCGGCGAGGGUGGCGAGCCACUGCUAGUUCAGAACGGAGGGCAGCCGGAGCCGGCGGAUCAGGAGCCACCGGCUGCAGCGGCGCCGCAAUAACGAAACUGAAUUGUUACAAAAUCGUUUUCUAUUCUGACGACGACAAUGUUGUGUACCCCUCCGCCACCUCCCAAUUGGUGCUUGGUAUCAUUAGGCGUAUAGUAUUGAGAGAGGCGUGCAAUAGUUAGCCAAAGUUAAUUCAAAGUGUGGGCGUGUAUACAAUUUAUUGGUUUAUUUUCUGAUGCAGAGUCCAAUACACACGCCACUAAAAGUACUUUAAAUUCGACCCUAAGAGAUGCAUUCAUGAUAGAUUGAACGUUACACUGCACAUGUGAUUAUAUAUAUACAGACAUGCUACAAAUAAACGAAAUUGAAAGAGUAA